AUGAUAGAUUAUGCCUUUGAUGUAGUAGCAGGUUCUUCACCAUUACACAUAGCCUACUUUAUGGGAAGGAUAGAUAUAGUCCGUUGUCUUCUGGACCACAAUGCUAACAUUAACAUGACAAAAGAAGAUGGAACAACUCCAUUAUCCUAUGCAUGUGAAGUAGGACAUGAGGAAGUGGUACGGAUUUUGCUAGAGAAAAAUCCUAACAUUGAUCCAUGUGAUAAUGAUGGCUUUACACCACUGAUCAAGUCAUGUUUGAAUAACCACGCCAGUACAGUCAAACUAUUAAUUAAGCACAAACCUUAUAUUAAUGCUAGGACGUUUGCCGGUGCUAAUGCCUUAUAUUUCAGUACACUGAAUGGAAACUUAGAAAUUACUAAGCUAUUAUUAGAGAACAAUGUCGACUGUAACAUUUGUAUUCAUUGUAAAGACAGUUUAACAGAUAUAUCUACUUACGAUGCAAGGAUAUCACUGCAGCAGAGAAAACUAGAUAUAUUUUAUACUCUAAUGAAAACCGCAUCAUCAAAUGUAAAAAGAUAUGUCAGAUCAAAGUCUUUAUUUUAUGAAACUGAUGAGUUAGACGAUUUUCACAGCGCAGGCGCGGCUUUUUAUUAUUGUCUCAGAAGUAGGUCAAUAGAUUAUGUUUUUAAUGUAGUAGUUGGUUCUUCUCCGUUACACCUUGCCUGUUUUAUGGGUUGGACAGACAUAUUCCGUUGUCUUCUGGGUCAUAAAGCUAACAUAAACAUGAAAAAAGAAGCUGGAACCACUCCAUUAUCUUACGCGUGUGAAGUAGGUCAUAGUGAUAUAGUAAGCAUGUUAUUAGAGAAGAAUGCUAACAUUGAUCCAUGUGACAAUGUUGGCGUCACACCACUGAUUAAAGCAUGUUUGAAUAACAAUACCAGAUUAGUCAAGCUAUUGGUAAAAUAUAAUUCAGAUAUUAACGCCAGAACUUUUGAAGGGUAUAAUGCUUUGUUUUUUAGUGCACUAAACGGAAACCAAGAAAUAACACAGUUAUUGUUAGAGAACGGUGCCAACUGCAUUUUCUGUAAAGAGAGUAUCCAACAUGCAUUUGAUAACAAUGCAAGGAAAUCACUAGUGCAAAAUCAACUAGAUAUAUAUUAUAACAUUAUGACUUAUGGGUUAUCAAAUGUAAAACGAAAUAUUAAAAGGAAGUCUUUUGGAUCGGUCGAUUAUGACGAAAUUAAGUCAAAGGAUUAUGUCUUUAAUGUAGUAGCUGGUUCUUCUCCUUUCCACAUAGCCUGUUUUAUGGGUUGGUUAGAUGUAGCCCGUGUUCUUCUGAAACAUAACGCUAAUCUAGAUAUGACAAAAAAAGAUGGCACGACACCAUUAUUUUAUGCAUGUGAAGUAGGACAUGAGGAUAUUGUACGUUUAUUGUUAAAUAAAGGAGCAAAAACACACAUAUGUAGAAUAGAUGGGAAAUCCCCUUUAAACAUUGCUACAGAUAAUGGACAUACAUCAGUGGUAUUGGUGCUAAGAAAACACGCGAUAUUCAGUUUCUUAAGAACCUCUGUACUCUCGAUUUUGAUGCAUCCUUUGUGA